ACGCACUUCUGAGAACUGAGGCUACGUGCACUGUGUCGCCAACACAGGAAAUGACGUCAGACCGUCAGCGAUAAAGCUAUAUAUAAGAUCCACGGUACAGGCGAUUAUGGUAUUUCAGAACACGUCCGCUGAACGUUAGUUAGCUCACAGGCAUCUCAGAGAGAAAAGGGAAGAACAGACAGGAUGGAGUUUAGACUGUGUUUGCUGCUGUUGAUGCUGGUACAACUGGCAAGCCAAACCCAGGGAGAACCGGCGAUGGCGUGUCACAACGUCACCGGAGCGAGCGACGUCUGCUACUGCUCCGCCUUCGGUCGGGACCGGGAGGUCGCUUGUGACGGUAGAACCCUAACAGAACUGCCGACGGGAAUUCCCGCUGACACCAAGACCCUACAGCUCAACAACAACAGGUUAACGUCACUCCCGGCACGAGCCUUCUCCACCUUCCGUCAACUGACCAACCUCCAGAUAUCAAGGAAUCGCAUUUCCCAGAUCGAAGUCGGCGCUUUCGACGGCUUGAAUCUUCUGGACAAUCUUCAGUUGGACAGGAACGAACUGGCAACUCUGGAAGAUGGAACCUUUCAAAGUCUUAUAUCUUUGAGAUACCUCGACCUUGGAGACAAUAGAAUCUCCUCCUUAAGCGUUGGUGUCUUUAGCGGACUCGGCAACUUGACAAGACUGAAGCUUGACGGGAACGCCAUAUCAAGUCUUCCUCAGCGUAUUUUCUCCGAUCUAGUGUCACUGCAUACGGUGAACCUUGCCAAGAAUAACAUUGUUGACCUGGACGGUGUCCUAGCUGUUCUGCCGUCUCACGUUCGAGACAUAGACCUCUCCGACAACCAGAUCUGGCGUGUGGACGUAGACGCCUUCGUGAGAUUCCCAGACCUGUACGGCUUGAAUCUGCAGGGUAACGGGUUAGGUAACCUCGCGCCUGGGGUGUUCAACGGAGUCCCCAACCUCUUCAGACUCCGUCUUGACAGUAACAAGAUGUCUGCUAUUCCUCAAGGCCUCCUUCAAGGAGUGGGUGGGCUGGGUCUGUUGUAUCUAGACAACAACCCAUUGCUUGAGCUGGACAGGAACACUUUUGUCAGUGUUCCCGAGCUUCGUUACAUUCAUAUCGUUAACAUAAGUCUUUCGAACAUCGAGGCCGAACUUUUCCGUCCUGUGCCGAAGUUACGUGGUCUUCAACUUGGCUCCAACAGUCUCUCGUCCCUUCCACAGGGGAUUUUUGCUAACCUUUCCAACCUUAACACCUUAAAUCUGCAGGACAACAAACUAGAGAGCCUGGAUAGCAACGUCUUUGCGGACCUUGGCAAUGUUCAGUGGCUCGAUCUGAGGAAAAACAACAUCAAAACGCUUCCAUCCGACAUUUUCCGACUAAUGUCCAAAUUGCUUUCGAUCAAUUUUCAGGACAAUUCACUAUCCGCUCUUCCCGUAGACAUAUUCCAGAACCUGACUGAGCUAACUAGAAUCUCUUUCGAUAACAAUAACCUCACCACAAUAGAAGAUGGUACUUUUGAUAACUUGCCAAAUCUGGAAUCUAUCGAUCUCUCAGGAAAUGUGCUGAAGGAUGUCUCGUGCGAGACAUUCCCGCCUGACAGACCCACGCCUCCUCACUUGAAUGUGGAAAUUAAAGGUGCUAUGUAG